AUUCUUUAAUGAAGGUUCGUUCAAGAGAUUUCUUUUUUAAUUCUUAAGGAUUUGGGGCUCCUGACACAAGAUUUCUGACGCCAACUUUGUGAGCCGGCUUGUAUGCGGUUCGUCACUCCCCAGUCUAUCAUCGCUAACAAUAGAGCCAAGGAAUUUGAAACCCUCGGACAUGGGCAUCGUUUCAGCAUCGAAGUGAAGUUACGCAAUCUGAUCACUGUCAUUAAAAGCGAUAGUGACGUGCUCUGUUGUCUGUCUACAUAUGCCAUCAGGCAAUGCAUCUUGUAGCUUGCGUGUUAGAGUAUCCAUAGCCGGGUUGAAAAUAAGGGGGCUGGGGGCCGAGCCCUCAUGUACCCCUACGUUUAUGGAGAACUUCUCGGAUGCACCGCCGUCACAGAAGACUUGUAAUGUUCCAUGUAUGGUUCACCAUGAUUUGGAAACAUCACUGACGCGGACUCCUCAAAAUCAAUCAGGGCGUCGAUUCGUUCACGAAGAAAUCUGGUAUAAGUCUUACGUUAUGCGCAUAAGACUGUUUAUGUCGAAGCAAACUGCGAGUCAUCCGAUCAAAACCUCUUCAAAACAAAAUUAAACACACUGAAGCGCUUGAGACGCUAUAGCUUUUUUAUGCCGAAAAAUAUGUUGAGCAAGACCAAAAAAUUAAUCGCACAAAUGAUCAGAAUGAUUAAAUCGAGCACUUUGCGAACUAGUGCUGGUGGAUGACAAC